CUCUUCAGUCCCCUCCGAGUCGUCUUUGCCUUCAUCCUUUCUGGCGAUAUAGCAGCUCUCACUCCUUAACCUACCUGGCCUCUGUCAAGCUGUUAUUCUUGAAGUAUAAUUCUCCCUCGUUUGUCUAAAAGUUGUUCAGUUCCCUCGAUCAUUGAAACCAUCCGGCCUUGACCGAGCCAUCUGACGUCGCUGACGACUCACUUUCGAUGCCUAAGGGCUUGAUACCCCGGAACAUGAAAAGACUACGUCAAAAAACACCUGCCUUUCGAAAUUCCGACGAAUCCAUCACCACGCCGAUAUGGGAUGACGGGCUUGAAGAAGAUAUAAUGGACAUAUUGCGGCAGUGUGGUACCCAUACAGCGACAAUAUCUGUCCGCAGACAGUCCCGUGGCGAGCCGUCAGAACAACGGAUCAAAACAAUAGUAACGACUAGUAAUCCUCUCAAACAGCAAGCUACAGCUGGUAGGGGGGAGAGGUUCCAUAUCGCCUCUAUUACGAAGAUCCUCGUUGCUACUGCCAUCUUUAUUGCUUUUGAAAAACAAACGACAGACCGGGCAUCCAAGCAAUCCUCUACCCCUUUUCGACAGGCGCGUGACGCACCGUUGACGAAAGUGUACAAUCAUUACAGCUCGGUCAACAUGAAGGCCAUUCCCGAGGACCCGAUAAUCUAUGACCUCUUGGUGCAUAGGAAUGGAUUUCCCUCUCUGAACCACCGAAUGCUCGCACCGGAUGGUCAAUCGAUCAUGGGCCGUGCAAACGUACGAGAAGAGCUCCUAAGUCAACCCUCCAAAGACAAGACAAAUGAUGGAAUCAAGAAAAGUUGGGCAGGGUAUAGUAACGUCAACUAUACUGCUGUCGCGAUGGCUAUCGAGGCUAUAUGGAAUGGCAGUCUGGAGUCUUUCAUGGACGAAACGUUAUUUCGGCCGCUCGGAAUGCAUUCCACCAGUAUUGGUGUCCCGAAUAACGAGUCUGCAGAAAACAGAGGAUGGGUAGUUGACUCAAAUGGCAAGCCCCACGAGAUACAGCGACCUCUAUAUCGAGCAGACGGUGCCGAAGCCGCGGCACUUGGUGCCUACAGUACAGCUCAUGAUCUUGAUAUUUUUUUCAAGUUCAUUACCGAUACAUUCUAUAACCAUGAACCCUUACCCAUACCUGGGUUUGAUCUCUCUGAUCUCGCCAAGGUACUCAAAAUGACCUACUCUACGGGAGAAUCACUUCGCUUCACUCCACUUGGUCUUUAUACUCCGCUGAGCUCUUCAGUCAUUGGUGCACUGUCAACCAAUAGGGCACAGUUUCCAACGGAACCCUUCUCCACGUACGCCGUCAUACCAGAACCAGGUGAUAACGAUAUCGCUGUUUAUUAUAUGGCUGGAUCAGCGGUUGCCUGCAGCUGUGCUACUGCACUUCACGUUGGGGAAGAGAGCAGCUUUGCGGUUGUUGUACUGACGAAUACGUCUGGUCCAGUUGAUGCGGCCGAUCAUAUCUUAAGGCUUAUUCUCCAGAGAAUGGCAAAAUGGACCGCUAAAGGAAAUGUAUUUCCCAGACUUUUACAGCCCGGCUACGCGAAGGAAAUGGUGAGGCAAGCUAGAAUCAAAACUUUGCAAAGAUGGAAGGAGGUUGAGCAGAAGCAUGCACAGGAUGUUAGACAAGCUCCUGCAAUCAACAAAGAUAUCGAAGGAGUCUUCAAAGGAGUCGGUUUUGGUCAAAGGCUCUCGAUAUCCAAGAAGCAGGACGGUAAGAUGUACAUUACGGUAGAUGGGCCUUCGGCAUUACCUCUUCCCACCGAGUUCGAGCUCGUCUGGGUAGACAGUUCUUCCAUAACGAUGUACAUCCCACCUCAUUUAUCCGUCGACUGUCUAGGUGAGGGGGAUUGGUCAAACGUAGUGUUUCGGGUGGAAGAGAUGGAUCACACUGUUGUGGCACUGCUACGAACCACUCGUUCAGGAGAAGACAGAUUUUCUAGAAUUUCCUCAAAUUCCUAG